CGGCUAUGCCAUUUUCCAAGACUAGUACUUGUAUAAGUCUUGUCUAUUCCGCAAACGCAAUUCUCAACUACCGCCACCGGAUUUUCAAAUCGCCGGAAAUGGGCCAUCGGAAAAUCCUUUUCCCAGCGACCCACUUGGGUUUAUUCUUUAUACUUUACCUGCUUUCAUCCCCUUGCGUUUCCUUUUCCUUUCCGUUUGUGAAGCCCAAGAAUCACAAAAUCAACGGACCCAUCAAAACUCUUGUCGUUUUGGUCAUGGAAAACCGCUCUUUUGAUCAUAUUCUGGGUUGGCUCCACAAAACCCGACCGGAUAUCGAUGGGCUGAAGGGCUCCGAGUUUAACAGGGUUAAUGCUUCAGACCCUUAUUCCUCAAAAAUCUUUGUCUCCGAUGAUGCUGUAUUCGUUGAUUCUGAUCCAGGUCACUCUAUUCAAGCCAUUCGGGAGCAGAUAUUCGGGUCGAAUGAUUCUUCAGCAAACCCAGCUCCGAUGAACGGGUUCGUGCAGCAGGCUGUUAAUAUGGGCGUGCCUGGUAUGGAGCAGACCGUGAUGAGCGGGUUUAAACCAGAGUUAGUACCGGUUUACACUGAUUUAGCGAAGGAGUUUGGCGUUUUUGACCGUUGGUUCGCGUCGGUUCCGGCUUCAACUCAGCCGAAUCGGUUUUACGUUCACUCGGCAACUUCUCACGGAGCUUCGAGCAAUGUCCGUAAAGACUUGAUCCAUGGGUUCCCUCAAAAGACUAUAUUCGAUUCUUUGGACGAAAAUGGGCUCUCAUUUGGAAUUUACUACCAAAACAUGCCAGCUACCUUAUUUUUCAAGUCACUCAGAAAACUGAAACAUAUUUUUAAGUUCCACAAUUAUGCAUUAACGUUCAAAAUCCACGCUAAACUUGGGAAACUUCCAAAUUACGUUGUGAUUGAGCAGAGAUAUUUCGAUGUUAAAAUUGACCCAGCAAAUGAUGAUCAUCCAUCACACGAUGUAGCACUUGGACAAAAAUUUGUCAAGGAGGUUUAUGAGACAUUGAGGGCAAGUCCACAGUGGAAAGAAAUGGCACUCUUGAUUACAUAUGACGAACAUGGUGGCUUCUUUGAUCAUGUACCAACUCCUGUUUCUGGGGUGCCUAAUCCUGAUGGCAUUAUCGGGCCUCCACCAUAUUACUUCAGAUUUGACCGCUUGGGGGUUCGUGUCCCGACCUUCUUGAUUUCACCAUGGAUUGACAAGGCCACUGUGAUCCAUGAGCCGACAGGUCCAACUACGUUUUCACAAUUUGAGCACUCUUCCAUACCAGCAACUGUGAAAAAACUUUUUAAUCUGAAAUCAAGUUUCUUAACCAAGCGAGACGCAUGGGCUGGGACCUUUGAGAACUAUUUCUGCUUGCGUAAGACUCCUCGUGAUGAUUGUCCAGAGAAACUUGCGGAGGUGAAGACAAAUCUAAGACCAUGGGGACCAAGAGAGGAUGCAAAGCUCUCUGAAUUUCAAAUAGAACUGAUCCAGCUUGCUUCACAGCUUAAUGGAGAUCAUGUUCUCAAAAACUACGCUGAUAUUGGACGGAAGAUGAAUGUCCGUGAAGCUAAUCAAUAUGUAGAUGAUGCAGUCAAUAGGUUCUUGGAAGCUGGUAGGGCUGCUCUGAGAGCUGGAGCGAAUGAGAGUGCCGUUGUUGCAAUGAGACCUGCCCUCACUAGCCGAUCAUCAGCAUCAGAUGGAGGAUUCAACAAGUAUCUGGAAGCCUACUAAUCUAUUGUAAGUAGUGUCUGUAUGUAUUGUUAUAAUCCACCUUCUUACAUAAUGAACAAAAUUUGUGGUUACCCAUUAAUUGUGUCCUUCCAAGGAUAUAUACAAAAAUUAGGAAGUCUUUGUUUUCAAUGUUGGGAUGGUUAUUGUAAUCACUUUUAGUAAAUAGUAAAUCAUUUUAGCCUCAUAUGUUCCUAUGAUAUGAAUACCCAUCUUUUUGCGACUU